GUGGGGCGGGACAGGACGGGAGCGGAGCGGAGCGUGUCAGCUGCUCACUGGAGCGGCAGCCGCAGCAGCUCCCGCCCCCCCGAGGGCCGUCGUUGUCGCGGGCGGAGCGUGAGUCCGGCUCCGGGAUGAACGGGAGGAGGGAAGGAGGCGGCGGUUGUGCCGCAGUUGCGCGCCGGGUGACAGGUGUUAACUCCAAAAUGGAAGUUCUGAUUGCACUGUGCCUGUUUAUCUCCUCGGUAAAGGCAGAUUCUAAAGCAAUUACAACAUCUCUUACUACAAAAUGGUUUUCUACUCCAUUAUUAAUAGAAGCAAGUGAAUUUUUAGCAGAAGACAGUCAAGAGAAAUUUUGGAAUUUUGUAGAAGCCAGUGAAAAUAUUGGAUCAGCGGAUCAUGAUGGUACUGAUUAUUCCUAUUAUAAUGAACUAUUGAAGAUAGCAUUUCAUUAUCUGUCACCUCUUCAGCAGAACUUGCUGAAAUUUUCUCUGUCUCUUCGCUCCUAUUCAGCUACGGUUCAAGCCUUCCAACAGAUAGCAGCUGAUGAACCUCCGCCAAAAGGUUGUCACUCAUUCUUUUCAGUGCAUGGAGAGAAGACUUGUGAUUUUGACACACUUGGAGCACUUUUACAGACAGCAUCUAAAAGACCCAAACCAAAUUUGUUCAAAGGGGAUCACAGAUAUCCGUCUUUAAAUCCUGGAAGCCCGGUGGUGAUAUUCUACUCAGAGAUUGGCUCUAAGGAAUUUUAUAAUUUCCACCAUCAACUUGUAGCAAAAAGCAGUGCAGGGAAAAUAAAUUAUGUACUCAGACACUAUAUAUCAAAUCCUAGUAAGGAAAGAGUCUACCUUUCGGGGUAUGGUGUGGAAUUGGCUAUCAAGAGCACAGAAUACAAGGCCAAGGAUGAUACUCAGGUGAAAGGAACCGACACGAAUGCUACAGUAAUAGGUGAAAAUGACCCUAUUGAUGAAGUUCAAGGAUUCCUUUUUGGAAGAUUAAGAGAACUCCAUCCUGAUAUGAAGGACCAGUUAAAGGAACUCCGGAAGCAUCUUGUGGAAAGUACCAAUGAAAUGGCACCUCUGAAAGUUUGGCAAUUGCAGGAUCUAAGUUUCCAGACUGCUGCCCGAGUCCUGGCUGCACCUCUUGAGGUAGCUUUGGUGGUUCUAAAGGAUCUCAGUCAGAAUUUUCCUACCAAAGCUAGAGCAAUAACGAAAACUACUGUUAAUCAAGAACUUAGAACUGAAGUCGAAGAGAACCAAAAGUACUUCAAAGGAACAUUAGGAUUACAGCCUGGAGAGUCUGCCCUGUUCAUCAAUGGAUUACACAUUGAUUUAGACACACAGGACAUAUUUAGCUUGUUUGAUGUGUUGAGGAAUGAGGCUCGUGUUAUGGAGGGACUGCACAGGCUAGGAAUAGAAGACCUAUCUCUGCACAAUAUUUUGAAACUGAACAUCCAGCCAUCAGAUGCAGACUAUGCUGUGGAUAUUAGAAGCCCUGCUAUUUCUUGGAUCAACAACCUUGAAGUUGAUAGUAGGUAUAGUUCCUGGCCUUCCAGUCUACAGGAGCUACUUCGACCUACCUUCCCUGGAGUUAUCAGACAAAUCAGAAAAAACUUCCACAAUUUUAUUAUCAUAAUUGAUCCAGCUCAUGAAACUGCAGUAGAAUUGAUAAAUGUAGCUGAAAUGUUCCUCAGUAAUCAUAUACCACUAAGAAUUGGUUUAAUCUUUGUGGUUAAUGACUCUGAAGAUGUUGAUGGGAUGCAAGAUGCUGGAGUGGCUGUUCUUAGAGCAUAUAAUUAUGUUGCACAAGAUGUGGAUGAUUAUCAUGCCUUCCAGACUUUAAUAUCAAUAUAUAACAAAGUAAAAACUGGAGAAAAGGUGAAAGUUGAACACGUUGUCAGUGUCCUGCAGAAGAAAUAUCCAUACGUGGAAAUGAAUAGUAUUUUGGGGAUUGACUCUGCCUUUGAUCAGAAUCGGAAGGAAGGAAGAGCUUACUAUGAGCAGACAGGGGUGGGUCCCCCACCAGUUGUACUGUUUAAUGGCAUGCCAUAUGAAAAGGAUCAGCUGGAUGCAGAUGAACUGGAAACAAUUACGAUGCAUAAAAUCCUGGAAACUACAAGCAUCUUUCAAAGAGCUGUGUACUUGGGUGAAUUAUCUCAUGAUCAAGAUGUGGUUGAAUAUAUCAUGAACCAGCCCAAUGUUGUGCCACGAAUCAACUCUAGAAUUUUGACGUCUGAGCGGCAGUAUCUGGAUUUAACAGCAACUAAUAACUUUUUUGUGGAUGAUUAUGCUAGAUUUUCUCUUUUGGAUUCACAAGAUAAGACUGCAGCUAUAGCCAAUAGUAUGACUUAUUUGACAAAGAAAGGAAUGUCUUCCAAGGAGAUCUAUGAUGAUUCUUUUAUUAGACCAGUAACCUUCUGGAUUGUUGGGGAUUUUGACAGCCCGUCUGGAAGACAAUUAUUAUAUGAUGCUAUCAAGCACCAGAAAUCCAGUAACAAUAUUCGAAUUAGCAUGAUCAAUAAUCCUCGUGAAGAACCACAUUUUGAGAACUCUCGAAUCUCCAGAGCUCUCUGGGCAGCUCUCCAAACACAAUCAUCUAACUAUGCCAAGAAUUUCAUCACUAAAAUGGUAAAGGAGGAGACUGCAGAAGCUCUGGCAGCAGGAGUUGACAUUACAGAAUUUGCUGUUGGAGGCAUGGAUGUUGACCUUUUUAAGGAUGCCUUUGAAUCUUUCAAAGCAGAUUUUAUUUUGUCUCAUGCUCUGUACUGUACGGAGGUUCUGAAGCUAAAGAGGGGAGAAAGGGCCGUGAUCAGCAAUGGACGGAUUAUUGGGCCACUGAAAGAUGGUGAACUUUUUAAUCAAGAUGACUUCCACCUACUAGAAAAUAUAAUUCUAAAGACCUCAGGGCAGAAAAUCAAAUCUCACAUUCAGCAGCUUCGGGUAGAGGAAGAUGUGGCGAGUGACUUGGUAAUGAAAGUGGAUGCUCUCCUCUCUGCCCAACCUAAAGGAGAGGCAAGAAUUGAUUAUCAGUUUUUUGAAGACCGACACAGUGCUGUUAAACUGAAACCAAAGGAAAAAGAUACAUAUUUUGAUGUAGUGGCUAUUGUUGACCCCGUUACCAGAGAUGCUCAAAGACUUGCUCCACUCCUUAUGGUUUUGACACAGCUGAUAAAUAUGAAUCUAAGAGUGUUUAUGAACUGCCAAUCUAAACUUUCAGACAUGCCUUUAAAGAGCUUUUACCGUUACGUUUUAGAACCAGAGAUUUCUUUCACUGCAGACAAUAGCUUUGCCAAGGGUCCAAUAGCCAAAUUCUUGGACAUGCCUCAGUCUCCUCUGUUUACUCUGAAUUUAAAUACCCCUGAGAGUUGGAUGGUAGAAUCUGUCAGAACACCUUAUGACCUUGAUAAUAUUUAUUUAGAAGAGGUGGAUAAUGUAGUAGCUGCAGAGUAUGAACUUGAGUAUCUCCUAUUGGAAGGACAUUGCUAUGACAUCACAACUGGACAGCCUCCUCGGGGGCUCCAGUUUACACUGGGAACUUCAGCAAACCCAGUUAUUGUUGAUACCAUAGUUAUGGCCAAUCUGGGCUACUUUCAAUUAAAAGCCAAUCCAGGAGCGUGGAUUCUCAGACUCAGGAAGGGACGAUCUGAAGAUAUUUACAGAAUCUAUAGCCACGAUGGCACAGACUCUCCCCCUGAUGCUGAUGAAGUUGUGGUUGUUCUCAACAACUUUAAGAGCAAAAUCAUCAAAGUCAAGGUUCAGAAGAAGGCAGACAUGAUGAAUGAAGAUUUACUAAGUGAUGGAAAUCAUGAGAAUGAGUCUGGAUUUUGGGAGUCACUUAAGUGGGGCUUUACUGGGGGUCAGAAGACUGAAGAAGUAAAACCAGAUAAAGACGAUGUAAUUAAUAUUUUCUCAGUAGCAUCUGGACAUCUGUAUGAAAGAUUUCUCCGUAUAAUGAUGCUCUCAGUUCUGAAAAAUACUAAGACGCCUGUGAAAUUCUGGUUCUUGAAGAAUUACUUGUCACCUACGUUCAAGGAAUUUAUCCCAUACAUGGCAAAGGAAUACAAUUUCCAGUAUGAGCUUGUUCAAUAUAAAUGGCCUCGGUGGCUUCAUCAGCAGACAGAAAAGCAGCGCAUCAUUUGGGGCUACAAGAUUCUCUUUCUGGAUGUACUUUUCCCACUAGUUGUUGACAAAUUCCUGUUUGUGGAUGCUGAUCAGAUUGUUCGAACAGAUUUGAAGGAAUUAAGAGAUUUCAAUUUGGACGGUGCCCCUUAUGGUUAUACUCCAUUUUGUGACAGCCGCAAAGAAAUGAAUGGGUACAGGUUCUGGAAGUCAGGCUACUGGGCCAGUCAUUUAUCUGGACGAAAAUACCAUAUCAGUGCACUGUAUGUUGUGGAUCUGAAGAAGUUUAGGAAGAUAGCUGCUGGAGACAGACUCCGGGGACAGUACCAAGGGCUGAGUCAGGAUCCCAACAGCCUUUCAAAUCUUGAUCAAGAUUUACCCAAUAACAUGAUUCAUCAGGUGCCAAUUAAGUCACUCCCACAAGAAUGGCUUUGGUGUGAAACAUGGUGUGAUGAUGCCUCCAAGAAAAAAGCAAAAACAAUUGAUUUGUGUAAUAAUCCAAUGACCAAAGAGCCAAAGCUGCAGGCAGCCGUCCGGAUUGUCCCGGAGUGGCAAGACUAUGACCUCGAAAUCAAACAAUUACAGGGUCGUUUCCAGAAAGAAAAGGAAAUGGGAAUCAGGCAUCCAGAGAAUGAGACAAAAGAACCAAGCAUAGAAGGGCUUCCAGCACAUGUAGAAUUAUGAUCCCUGAAGGAAGAAAUGAAGUGAUACUGUUUGAAAGACAAUUUUUAUAUUAAAUACUAGUUUUUUUUUCUGGUAUGUCUACACAACUGCUGAUAAAUUGGAUAGGAGGAUGUUUCCAAGCUUUUAAAUCCUGGAAUUUUGGGUUGCUGUAUCCAAAUGAAUUUUUCGGCUCCAGAUCAUUGGAAUUAAGAUUAUACUGGAUUUAUACUGAUGCAGAAUAGCUGAUUGUAGAUUCUAGAGUUUUGGAGAAUGAAUCUUCCGGGGGCUUUCUUCCAGAAGCAGUUCCGUAAUCACAGAGGCAGACAGCGGCAGACGAGCAGAUGCAUGUUCUUUGGGACCCACAUCACCUCAGUCAAAAGCACACCCAGGAUACCUAGUCACGGGGAGCAGGACAUCCAAAGUGCACGAGUUCUUACCUCAGUGUUUGUUUGUUGCUGGAGCUAAGCUCUACAAGCUGUACUGUAGAGAAGAACUGUGCCCUGAAUGGAUUUUAUUUUGUGAGAAAGAGUGGUGUUCAUGUGAUCUGUGUGGUUUGAGGUUUACAGAAAUUUGUUCGUUUCUGAAUAGCAGAUGUAUAAUGGAGACCUAACUCAUAGAUCGUCUGUUUCCUCAGGACUGGCUCAUUGCAAAGGCUAAAUUCAUUUGGAAGCUACCCAGCAUUUUUGGGGGGUGAUUUGGGGUUGGGGUGGGGUGGCAUAUACUUGCAAGUUGGUCACUCUCUCUUAUGACCCGAUCGUACCACAGUGUCUUUUUAAAAAUAAAAAUGUUGUUGUCCCAUCCCCCAACCCUGUAAACCUUUUGGUUCAUUGUUUCAUAAAUUAAAUUUUUAUAGUUUCUGAUUUCGUUUUGAGGGGCAGGGUUAAAAAUCAGAUCUUAUAGCUGAUAUAUUUAACAGAAACCAAGAUACAUGAAAUCAUCAUAAUCAUAUGCCAGGUUAUUACAAUAGUAGGAUUAAGAGGGAGUUCUGAAGGCCUUCUGGGCAGCUCAUCCACCCUACUUCUCAGUAGGAUUUUAUUUAAAUAGACUGAGUGAUGAUACCCAUAUUUUUGUCAAAGACUCAUUUCUAAAUUUCAUUAUCUGUUACCCAAGAGCUUUGUUGUUAUUGUUGUCAUCCCUUUGCACAUUACUUUGUGUUCCUUUUCAUUUAUUGUUUUGUUUUAAUGCUCUGCAAAUGAAACUUGAGAAGACAAAGACUUUGGAUCCACGUAGUUACAUUAUCAGAUGAAACAAUCCUCAACAUGGCCAGUUAAGCAAAUGCCUUCUAUGUCUUAAUUUUUAUACAGCCGUAAAUCAUCCUGGUGUUUUUCUCUCUCUUGAGACUGACCAUAGGCCUGUGGACAAAUAGGUCACGUGUGUAACAUGGCAGCAUAAACUGUGGGGCACCCAGCAAGGCAGUGUUUAAGCUUCCUGACUCUUUAUGUGAAUCUCACUGGGCUGUAUGUAAAUAUGACCUUGUUGUGCAUAUUGCUUCUUCCAAGAGAGGUAGGAGCUAUCAAACCUGCCCUUAAAAGCACAGCAAAGUCUCGUAUUUUCAUAUUUCACCUGCUUAAAAAAGGUUUAAAAAUUUUUUUUUCUAAAAUGAAAAACCUGACAUCUCAAAUCUGAUGCUGAUUUUCAGUCACGAAUUCAUUUGAAAUCGUUCUAAAAAGUAAAAGGUAUCUUUUAUAGAAAUUUGGGAAAUUGCUAAAAUAGCUCAUUACCUAACCUUGUGCAGAAAUAAAAGUUAGAUUAAGGAUCUGCACCAUCAAAAUGAAUUUAGCAAUUACCAUUCACUUUUCAAAAUAACAUUUUGGGUUGAGUGACUUGUAGUCACUUGUUUUGUUUGCAUCAUUCCCUCCUUUUACCCCUUAAAAUGUAUAGGAGCAGGAGAGAAUUUGAUGGCUUGAACCCUAAUUAAGCAAAACUCAGGUCUGCAAGACCUUUGCCACAAGCAGUUGCUGCAACAUACCCCCUUUCCCCUGGAGCUUCUGAAAACGUAGUUGAAGGAUUAUGAACAGUGAUGAUUAAGCACUCUUGCUCUGAACAAGCAGGAUUGUCUGUACUUCUUCAAUUAAAUUUUAUCUAGCCUUCAGAGGUUACCUACUCUAUAGGGAGAAAAAUCAUGUCUGAAAACAUAUGUUCCAUGUCUCCUCAAAAAUUUGGUAUGACAUUAGGAAAUAAGUAAACAUGAUACUGAUUUUUUUAAACUUCUUUAUGGUAAUGACUUUUUCAAGAGGAUCUACACGUGAAGAUUAUUUAAGGGUGCCAGGUUUCAUUUUAGUGUCCUGCAGCCAAGUUUUCUUUUGAAAUAAUUGCUUCCCAUAAGGAGAUUUAAGUACAAACCUUCAUUUAGAGCAAAUGCAUCCUUAUCACCUCUCUAGAUAACCCAUCUUGUUAUAAAAAAGAUGGUUGAAUAGUUUACCUAAUAUGCAAGAAGGUGCCUUGGAAAUGGUUUUGUUCUUCCCAACCAAUCACUCUUUUGCUGGUUAGCACAGCUUAAAUAUUUUAAUACUCAAUGCCUCAGAAGAUGUUACUGUUACUUGAACAAUGGGAUAAAGUCAUCUUUGACUUUGCCACCAAAAAAAAAAAGGUUAUGGCAGAAUGGUUAGGAAAUAGAUCAGUUUAGAAAUUGAGAUGGCAUUGAAUCUCAUUCAAGUUAGGAAAAUAGUGUUCAGUGUGGUUUUUUUUUUCUGACUAGUUAUAGAAAUGUUCAACAGCUGCUUUUGAAAAAAGGAAAAGCCAACAUUUGUGUGGAAUUGAUUUAUUAUUUUUUGUAUUGUUUUACCACAAGGGAAAAAUUUUCUUUCCAAAAUAGUUCUGGAGAGAAAUGAUUUAGCUUAUAACUAUCUUAUGUUCUAUGAACAGUGGUAUUUAUUUGACUGGGAUCUGAAAACUCUGCAUACAGCAUAUAUGUGGGAUAACUGUGGAGCAUAUCAUAUUGGUGCAUAAUGUUGACUUGACUUUGAGCCACCACCUUCCCCUUUCAUCAAGAGUAAGUUGGUUGUCCACAGUAAUGGUAAAGUUUUGAAAUGUGAUAAAAGAGUACAUUUUUAAAUCAGAUCAACAAAGGUCGAAUACUUUGUGCAAGGCACUAUUUGUCUGAUGUACAACAUUACCCCAUGGGAAUGCAGUAAUAUAUGUAUUAAAUACUGCUGCCUUAGCCACUGGGCUAGAUUACCCUUCAUUACCUACACAUCAACAUGCUAAGGCUAAGUAAAGGCAAUAGGCCUAGUUUGAGAGGCAGCAUGGUAUGGUGGAGGGAGCUGGAUUUGGAGGCAGAAGAUCUGGGUUGAGAUCCCUCCCGUGCUACAUUUACUACCUUUGUGACCUUGGAUAAGUCACUUAACCUCUAUAGUUCUUUCCUUAUCAGUAGCUGGACUCGACCGAUUUUGAACAACUUUUGCUUAUAGAACCUUAAAAAUGCUAUGUAAAUAUGAUUGUCAUUAGUAUCAUUAAUGUACAAGUUUAGUUCCCUGAGGAAGAGGGCCUAAGUUCCCCAACUUAAACAGUGGUGACAGUUUGGUUUGAGGGUGGUGGCUGGCAUAUCCUAAGUGACGCUGCUGGUUAUCACAAUGUGUUUGAAACGCCAGCUGUACACAGUUUGUUUACUGUUCUAUCUCUGUACUUUAACAUAGCUUCUUUGCCCACAUCCAUUUUAGUCUGAAAGAGUAGAAUUAGGAACACGUGGGAUAUUUUGUUUGGAUGAUAUAUUAGCAACAUAGUAAUUGGUAAAGUGUAAAAACCACUUGGUGUAGUAGUCUUUUGGCAUAAUGAUGGAUGGUAAGGAUUUUUUCUGUCUGCUACCCCAGGACAAAGUCACACUUAAAUAUUGGGGUGAUCAUUUUGUCAUUCGGGUGACUUGUUUGUUAAAAUCCUAAAUUUCGUGGAACUACUUUAUAGGAAGGCUGGAAUAAUAGUUUAUAAGCUAUUUGAUUGAAAAAGGCAGCCCAAACCAUCAAAGUAGUUGAUGAUUUCUUUAGUCUGACCGGGGUGAUAUUUUUCUUUUCAAUCUAUGCUUCCUAAUCUGACAUGGGGGGCAGGGUGGGAAUUCCUCAGCAGAGUGUUUGUAAUGCCAGUAUCUGGUACAUGUUGAAGCAAAUAGACCAUACUCUGUCAAAAAAACACUGUGCAUUUUUUGGGAUUGAGAAUUCGUUUGGAUUUCCUGUCUGUAGUUGGUUCUUUGAAUUCUGUAGUUGGUGUAGAAGUAUCACAGGUUUGGAAUAAGAAAAGUUCUGGAUUAUACUACAUGGUGAUAAUGCUUGUAAUUUCCAUAAAACUGUAGGAAAGAAACAGUUUCUCAGGAUUUCAUCAAGUGUUUUUCUAUUUGGAUUGUGCCUUUUAAUGGAAACCCCCUCCAGGAACCUAGACCCCCAAAAUAUUUUUCACUAUUUAAACUACCUAUUAUCAAUAAUAAUUUUGCAAACAAGAAUCUCUGAAGAGAAUCCAGUUGUACCCCAGUUACAGAUAGGGUAUUUGACCAGCUUGAUCAGUAUUUUAUAGUAAAAGUUAGUUGCUUCUUAUAGAUAUGUUGUGUUAUCACUGGGCAUUUUUUUAAAGCUUUGAUUUGAUUAACUUUAUGACCAACCUCAACAGCAUAGAGGCUAAGAGUAGGAACAAAUUGAUUUGUAACAUGAAAUUCACACCCCUAUUCUACCUGUCAUAAAUAAUAACACUGGCUUAGCUAUUUUAGAGUAUUCCAGAUGGUUUUUAACAUUGACUAAUUGGAAAUCCAAGUUUAAUUUAUGCUUUGCCUUGCUUCUCACCAUCUGAGUUUCCUGACAUAAGGGUAUGAUUCCCUCCAAAAAGAAAAAUUAGGGGUAGAGUGAACAAAAUUCACCAGAAGUUGACAGUUUAGCAGUCUUUGGAGAAAGCAAAAGAUUCUCAAGAUUUACUUUCAGCUACUGGAAUCUGUGGUAAUGAAGGGGCAAACAUGUACAAAGGGAAAAAAGGGUGUUAGAAUUUUAAAGAAACUAUGUACUUUUUUAAUCUUUAUAAAUAUUCUAUUUUACUGUAAUUCUCUUAAUUAAUGCAAUGCGGAGUUCAGGUGCUGACACUUGAUUGGAAGCAAGCUUUGGGAUUUUGAAUGUCUGCAGAACGCUGCAGCCAGAAGUGAAUUGAAAAUGAAUUUCCUCAUACUGUAAUGCAAAUGAGGCCUGCUCAACACAAUAAACUGUUUCCUCCCUUCUUUAAAA